AUGGAUAACGAUUUUCAACUCUUUUCGCCUCGUCAGCAAAUGAGCGAGGCGAACAAUCCCAACCCCUAUCACCAGUCUUCAGAGAAUGUCAACCAGGAUUGGACAGAGUGGAUGCGAUGGGAUGAACCCAUGUUCGCCGACAAUGAUCAGAAAGAUGUCAACCCCUCAAUGAACUUGCCAAACUUCUCUCCGAUUACGACUAUGAGUUCUCCAAAUCAAAUGGACCCGAAGGACUUCUCCCCCAUCUUCCCCUUGACAGGACUAAUCUCCCCCAUAUCGAGUGUGGGUGUGAGCCGAAAGCGAAAGACCGGCAGUGACGAUGAUACAACCACCCCUAACCCGGCCAUUCAGCCUGGCAAGAAAAUGCCGGCGAAGAAACGAGCUCACAACGUCAUUGAAAAGAGAUACCGGGCGAAUUUGAACGAAAAGAUUGCCGAGCUGCGUGACAGCGUCCCAAGUCUACGGGUGGCUAGAAGCGGUAGCGGUGACUCAAAUGAGGAGGAAGACGAUGCUGAGGCAGCCCAGGCUGCAGGCAAAAUGAACAAAGCUUCGAUCCUUUCGAAGGCAACAGAAUACAUCAAACAUCUUGAGAUCCGCAAUAGACGGCUGGAAGAUGAAAACACGGCCUUGAAGAAUCGCCUUCGCCAAGUCGAUAAAGCAGCCGAGCAAGCGGUCACCUCUACGGCCUCCGUCUCCUCUCCCAGCAAUUAUACUGCCUCGGGCGAGUCCAGUGGCACCUCGCCAAGCGUUUUCUCCCAGCCCGAGGAGUUAGCUGAGUCCCCAUCGCCUUCUCAGAACCCUCCAGAGGGUCUCAUCAAAGUACCUGAUGCGUGGAAGCGGAUGCGAGCGGAAGGCCAGCGGGGGGCGUUUGCCGAGUCAUAUAUCAACACCUCGACCCAUACGGCUCCAGACUAUGGCCGGGAAGAUGGUAGUCGUCGCCGCUCUAGGAUGCCCCCUAAGUACAUGCUCGGAGCUCUUGCUGGACUCAUGGUUCUCGAGGGCUUCGGUUCUGACAAAUCCGAGUCAGAAGAAAAGGGGCUCAUGGCCCUCCCGUUGAAUUUUGUCAGAGGCCUCCAUCCGACGAAUCUUCCGCAUCUUCAACGCUGGGAGUUCCAUGUGAGACACUUCUAUCAGUCGUGGCAUGCACGGGCGAUUUCAAGCUUCCUCCUGCUUGCCACACUCGUCGUAGGUAGUGCCUUUAUUGUUUUCGUCUACCUCUUCAAUACCCAGCCCGUCACCAAACGUCCGUCCGUGAAAGCAGUGUCUGAGGGCAAAAACGCUGCGCCUACCUCCAGUGACUUCCGCCGGCAAGCCUGGCUUACCAGUGUGCAAAGAGUUGGGAUUCCGCGGCACCGUUUCUUCCGCGAAUGGUAUGUUGUCACUUCGCGUUGCUUCGAGUAUGUGUUGCGAUGCCUGAUGGGAUGGAAAUUCUACUCUUGGGCCACUGGUAUUACAGAAGAGGACGAAAAGGGCCGAGUGAAGACUUGGGAUAUUGCCAUUGACGCGCAACUUACUGGUGGUGAUGCUGAAAUUAGCAAGAGUCGCCUGGUCCUCACCAUCUUUGCAGCUGGAACACUUCCUAGCAGCCCCAUGAGAAUGAUUCUGAAAGCAAUGCAUGUGCGGAUACUUCUUUGGCAAGUUGGGGAGCAUGGAUCAUGGUCAUUCAAAGUCUCGAACGAUAUCGCUCGUGCCCUUGCAAACUACCAAUGGAACGUCGCCCGUGAAAUCAAUGACGCGCUACCGGACGGCCAUCCAGACGAGCUCCCUUGUCACCUUGCUGCCUUGGUCAAGCUAGAUUGUGACGAUGUCAUGAUCGACUCAAUCAUUCAACGAGCCGUCAACCUCACGUGGAACCGACCAACCCAGGAAGGAGCAGGGGAUGAUGAGGUCCUUUUGGAUGUCGUUGAAGAGGACCCUGCUAUCCAGUGCUCUGUGGAUGCGCUUGCCGCGUGGUGGUCUAGUCACCUCCUCCAGACCGCCCUUUUGAAUUAUUUGCAAGCCAGCGAGGGCGGACCUGUCUCCAAGGCGAGCCGAGACGCUUUCAAGCAAAGUAUUAAGAUGGCUCUGGAGGUUGCACCUCGUCUAUCUGCAGCUUACACCCGUGCACUUGUUAUGAAGGCAGUGUUCUUUGAACAAGGCCGCAUCCAGAAUGUAGGAGCUGUCCUCGCGACUCUUCCUCGUGACAAGCGUAAGGACGAGUGGAACCAAUCUACGAACUUCCUCGAUUCUUCGCUCCCUGUUUCAGUGCGUGACGAGAUCUCUCUUGCUGUUCGAUGUGCCAUGAUCGCUGCCGUGAUCACCGCGCGAUCUGCCGGCGAUACCUCUCUGCCAGCCUCCUUUACUAUCCAAAAGGCAAUCAAUUGGUUCAACCAAUUACCGAUCGAUCCUGUCGAGUUGAGUCUAGUUGGUUUCUCGGCAGUAUAUCAUCUACUUCACCUCCUUGCCUCCGAUGUCGAUUACAUUGCUUCCUCUGACUCGUCUUCUCCGUCUGCGGCCGCAUCGGAAGCUGCAUCAUCUGCUGACGAUGAAGCUGAAGAGAAGCCCAAGGCUUUUGAACAUUCUAAGAGUACUACCCGCAAGCUCGCCGUCUGCCCCCGCGAUGUUCCUAACGUGGGCCGUGUUUCGGCAGAACUCAUUUAUUGGGCUCGACACGCUUACAACCCGGCGUUCUACGGUUUCUCCUCCAGUCUCGUGGAUGUCAUAGUCAAGUCUUGUACUACCGUUUGCCAAAAUGCCGGUAUCAGCGUGGAAGGCUUCAUUCGGAGCCCACCGGGGCCCGCGCUUUCCCGAAAGCGAAAGUCUCGUCGCCGUCGUGGCGGUUCCAACCAAUCGUCCCAGAGCGAUGUUGAUCAGGAAUCCAUCGAUACGCGGUUGAAUAAGAAACAUCUCCGGCACGGAAGCUCUGCCAGUAAUGAUACAGGCUACGGUAGCCUCAGUCUCGACGACGACAUGCAAUCAACACCUCGGGUGCCUGAAAAGGUAGAUGAGGGUCGGAAUUGA